ACCCCAACACAUUCUCGCGGUUCGGACACCCCCACACACCUUUUAUUUCCUUCCCUGAAGAAGCUACUACCCUGAUCGGGGUCACUAGGUCAUAACAAUGGCGUCGCACCUGCCAAGCGAUUUUUACCUGACCAAUAACCCAGUUCGACCCCUCGCAUCUCGCAGUCCAUUCGUCGUUCGGCUCUGACGCGGGAGAGUGUUUUUCUGUAGCUUUUCAUUUCUGGAUUAUGUGAUGACCAUGUCAGGUGUUCUCUGUAGAUCGCGGUUAAACAUGCGAAUGUUGUGCAUACUCUUCGGCUUGUUGGCCGGCUCUCUGGCCAGCACGUGGGCCCACCCCACCACGACAACUUCGGAAAACUGGAAGGAAACAACAACGAUUGAAGGUGCGAAGAAUUUUACGGAGGAUUUUAUAACGGCAGAUAGCACUCUAACAACAGAAAGCACACGGAGCCCAAAAAGCGAAACUGAGGCUGAAGCAUACUUUCAUUCUUUUAAUCUCCAAACUACUGCACCUAAAAGACAGUGCGGCCGAAGAUUUGCAAGGAAUGCCAGGAUUGUUGGAGGAGCAGAUACCUAUGACGGAGAAUUCCCUUGGGCGGUGUCUGUCAGACUGUUGACCACUCACUAUUGUGGAGGUGCCGUAAUAAACGAAUACUGGGUUUUGACUGCUGCUCAUUGUGUGAAAAGAUACAGUGCUCGUUACUUCCGUGUGCGUAUGGCCGAGGACGACAUCAGCGUGGAUAGAUUUCGACCAGACAUUGACAUCCAUGUAGCCGAGGUCUCAAUCCACCCGGAUUUUGGACGUCCCCGGCGCUAUAGUAAUGACUUGGCUCUUCUGAAGCUGAAGAGGCCUCUGGUCUUCGACGCCUACACGCAGCCCAUCUGUUUACCAGACCCAGACCAGGACCUCGAAGGCAGAAAUGCAACUGCUGUUGGAUGGGGAUGGAUGAACGAAAUUGAAAAUGCGAAAGCCAAACGUUUGCAGAAGGUUCAAGUUCCAAUCCUAAACAACACCAUCUGCGAGAAGUGGUAUGCAGAAGUUUACAGCAGCUACGUUAGAAUAUAUAAUUACCAAAUAUGCGCUGGAUACAAGGAGGGUGGAAAAGACGCUUGCCAGGGUGAUAGUGGAGGCCCUUUAGUCAUGAAAGAUGGCGACCAUUUUAGCAUUAUUGGUGUUGUGUCUGCUGGUGUUGGAUGUGCAAGAGAGCAUUUACCUGGUAUAUACUCCAGAGUCUCCGUUUUUGUGCCCUGGAUUCAGAAAGUCACUGGUGUCAGUUACUGAAAUUUGAGACAAAGAAGCUUACAUUUCAUGUUACUGAAGACCAAAACAUUUUUUGUAUUAGACUGUUAAAACUGUGGCGUCCAAUACUCCAUGACGAGCUAACUGUUAUUCCAUGUAAGAAUUGAUUGUUUUGAAAGGUACUCGAUAUGCUUCAAGAAGGAAUGUGGUUUGCCUUACCAAAGAAAAAUGAAAACUCAUCACAGUUAGAAAAUAUUCGAUUAGUUUUAUUUCUGUUUUUUAAAAAAAUAUACGAAAUGAUAUAAAAGUCCCAGCAAGAGAAAAAAAUUCGUAUUACAGAAAGACAAUUUACAUCUUUUAUAUGAUUGGUUUAUAUCGAUUGUAAUAUUAUGAAAAACUUUUUCUGAUUCCUUAACAAAUUCAAAUUUGCAGACUGCAUUCAUCUGGUUUACAAAGAAAUUUGCACCCGCUAUUAAUAAUUAUUGCUAACAGUUCGAAAUAACGAUCAGAUACUUGUUGAAAUAAGACAUUAAAAAAAAUAGAAUAUAAUUGUAUUUCAGUGCAGUGUAUAUUAUCAAGUUAUUCUGUUUGAUAUUCAGGUGCUACAGAUAUAUACAUUUAAGAAAAGUACUUACAAUUUACAUUGUUUUUUUAAAAGUGUUUUUACAUGUAUAAUGCUGUUAUUAGCAGUUUUUAAUGUUUGGUGCUUGUUAAUGUUUUAUUUAUGCUUUUAAUUUACUUGAUAAGUGUAGAAUAUUUAUUGAGCCUGCACCUCGAUGUCUUUUAGUAUUGCAAAGAUCUCGAUUAAAACUAGUGUUAAGUUAAUUUUGAGUAAUAUCUUGUAUGUUAAUGUCUGCUGUAAUUGA